AUGGAGUUCAAGCAUUGGCACAAUGGCAGCAAACGGCUGACGCCCACUCUGGGCCACGAGAUCUGGGCCGAGGUCGUCCAGACCCUCCAGGACAUCGGCCCCCCCGCUAACGCAGACCCCGACCUCCCCCUCUCCCACCUCGACGGCCCCAAGUACCACGCCUUUCUGGCCAAGUACGAGCUCAAUAGGCCGCCCGAUCCGCGGAUCUGGCAGGCCCUCCUCUUUGAGGCCCCCCGCUCUAGACUCCAGACUAUGCCUGCGUUUGUCUUCUUGCCCAGUCGGCUCAAAGCUGAGAUGUGCGACCUCGAGUCGUUCUACCUCUACAUCCUCCAACUUCCAGAGGCUGUCUCGGAGCUCCCAACCGCCAGCGAGGAGGACGGCUCGUCUUCCUCGCCACUCCCAACCGUCGUCGAGAAGGACAUCCCGUCUUCCCCGCCAGUCCCAAAGGCCGAGGACCUUGCGACUGCCCCGGCUCUCCCUCAGCACCCAGAAGCUGACUCGGAGCUCCCGACCGCCAGCGAGAAGGACGGUUCGUCUUCCUUGCCACCCCCGAAGGCCGAGGACGUCGCGACUGCCCUAGCGCUUUCUCAGCUUCCAGAGGCUGUCUCGGAGCUCCCAACCAUCGUCGAGAAGGACGCCCCGUCUUCCCCGCCAGUCCCAAAGGCCGAGGACCUUCCGACUGCCCCGGCUCUCCCUCAGCACCCAGAAGCUGUCUCGGAGCUCCCAACCGCCAACGAGGAUGAGUACGGCUCGUCUUCCCCGCCACUCCCCAAGGCCGAGGACGUCGCGACUGCCCUAGCUCUUGCUCAGCUCCCAGAAGCAGCCUCGGAGCUCCCAACCGCCCUCGAGGAGGACGCCUCGACUUCCCCACAAGUCCCGAAGGCGGCCGAGGACGACGCCUCAAACCCCGCGGCCGCCCAAGCCUUUCCUCAGCUUCCAGAAGCUGACUCGGAGCUCCCAACCACCAACGAGGUGGACGGCUUGUCUUCCCCGCCACUCCCGAAGGCCAAGGACGAUACCUCAGAUCCUGGCUGCUAUUUUGUAAUACUACAUACAUCGAUUACAUAA